UGCCCUGGGAUACGCGUUAGGCUUUGCCCUCGGUCGUGCUGGUCCUGAGUGAAGCUGGGGAAGUGUGUCUCCUACGAAUUCCUUCCACAGGUGCUGCAAGCCGUAAGGGCCCCACGCCCCGCCUGCGUCAUGGGAGCAGACGUCUGGGUCGGCCCUUGGCGGCCCCAUCGGCCCCGCGGCCCCAUCGCCGCGCUCCAGAAAAGCCCGGGGCCCAAAUACAAGCUGCCACCGAACACCGGUUACAUCUUGCAUGACCCGUCUCGGCCGCGUGCGCCCGCCUUCACCUUCGGCUCGCGCCUGCCCUUGCAGCAGCAGACUUCCGGGCCGGGGCCAAGUUACCUGGUGCCUGACCGCAUGACUGUGCGCGGCAGCGACGGCACCCCUGCUUUCUCCAUCUAUGGCCGCCUAAGCCACACGGCGCCCUUCCGCACUCCGGGACCGGGCAGGUAUUUCCCAGAACGCGCAGGGAACAUGACGUACCCCUCUGCUCCUCGGCAUACCAUGGCUCCCCGAAACUGGGGCAUCCUCACAAAGCAACCAAGCCCAGGCCCUGGGUCCUACACCGUGCCUUCACUCUUGGGCCCACGUGUCAUAGGCAAAGUCUCAGCCCCAACUUACUCCAUCCACGGCCGUAGCCAUGUGGGCAGCUGGUUCGAGGACCUCAGCAAGACCCCAGGUCCUUGUGCCUACCAAGUUGUGACACCUGGGGUCUACAAGAAACGAGCCCCGCAGUACUCCAUGCUGCCGCGGACUUCGAUACCCCAAGACAGUAAUCAGACGCCAGGACCCGCAGCCUACAGCGUGGACAAGCACCGGAAGUCUCAUGGCUGGAGCUUCGGCAUCAGGCACUCAGACUACCUGGCCCCCUUGAUAUCACACGUGGACGACUGAACCCGGCAGGCGCACACCGGCCCUCGGUUGUUUGCUUAAAGCUUUCCAAAGCCAGUA